AUGACCACCUCGUCUACCUCGGUACCAGCCGCGCUGAAAGCCUUCUUGCGUGAUGGUCUGCUCAGCGAAGGCUCUUCACCAUCGUCGUCUUCAUCUUCGCCAGCCCCCGUGCGCGAGUCCGACCUCCUCCUAGCAUUGCAGCAGGCGUCAUCGCUGGCGCAAACCAACCUCGAAGGCGUAAGAGAGGAGCUGUUACCUCUACUUGCCCUGCGCGAGUCUGGAUCGGGAUCGCCGAGAGGAGCAGCCGUUUUCGCGCCAUUGUGGAAGAGCGUCUUCGAGAUCAAGGCUAAGGAGCCUUCUGGUUUCUCGCAGUCUGAGCGGGUGCAGAUCAAGGUUCACCUGUCUCUCCUCUCCUCCCGCCUACUCCGCAACCUCGUAGCCGGUCACCCACAAGCCCAGCAGCUCAUCUUCGACUGCCUCUGCAGCGACACGCUUGCCCUCCUCCGACUAGGCUCGAGCUUGGCAUUCAGCAGCGACCCUGAGAUACAGCCGCUCGUGCGCACAUUAGUGCAGCUGCUCUGCAAUAUGGUCACGAUGCACAAGAACCUACAGAAGGCCCUCUUCCACAAGUUGAGGGUGGUCAGGCCUAGCAGCGCAGUCAAUGGCACAGCAAGCCAAGAAGCGACACAACGCGUCGAGGUGCUGCAGAAUCUUCUUGCCUCCCCUGACGCCGGUACGGUCGAAGCGGUUCAGGUGCUGCUGCUCAACUGCAUCAAGUCGUCCGCCACCAACUCGACUGCCCUGGCUGCCAGCUUGGCAGGACGGAGGCUUUUGGGCCAGCUGCUCCACUUGUUCGAAACAACGCUUGCAGAGGACGACGAGGGUGACCAUAGGCUUGGGCGUAAUGGACAUAGCGAAAGUGACGAAGACGACGACGAUGACGACGGCGAGCUGGAAGACUUUGGUGUGGGGGAGCUCGACCUCCACGAUGGGCCUUCAACACCAGCUUCGAAGCCGCGAGCGCAGAAGCUAUCGAAGCACAAGCGCACAUCGACCCAUUCUUCCCCUUCCAGCUCCAUGCAAGUCACAGUGGGCUACGCCAUCUUCGCUCACCUGUUCGAAAUCGGGCUGUUCAGGCACAUGUACCGCAAUCUCGGGCCUGCUUGCGUCGGCUCGGGAGAGCUGGACGGGCAGCACGAGGAGAUUGUCACCACCGAGCAAACGCUCUUGCUAAAGACAGUCGAUGCUUGGAUCAACGCGGGUGGCCAGCAGCACACAAUGAGGGAGAACUCAAGCAUGGACCAGUUUGGCGUACUCGUCGACGAGUUUGCAAGGCUAGCCACCUUCAUUCGCGGCGCUAUCUCUCAGCACAGCGCAGGUCAUGUUGACCGCCGCCUGCUCGGGGUGCACGCUGCUCUGGUACUUGUGCUGGAGAACCUCAUCCAGCUGGGCAUGAUAGGCUGCGAAGGGAUGGAGGACGACGAGCAGUUCAGGCUGGAGAGCGAAGAAGUCUUGCGCAGGAUGAGGACACGCGAGUUUGUGGAGGCAGUGGUAGAGCUCCUCAGAGCGGUGGGCGAAUUUGCACCUGCUAUCUCGCCCUUCACAUCUAGGAUGGGGCAAAAUGGGAAUGGCAGCCUGCCAGAAGGGCACGCACACACCUCUACUGGUCUCAGCGGCACCGGCCCACAAGCCGAACCGGACCGUCCGCGGCUCGAUCACCUCAAUCGAGCCCUCGUGCAACUUCUCGGCGUCCUAGUCUUCCAGCACUCCCCGUCAUCCCUCCCCGAGUCCUUCAAGGAGCGCUCAGCGUUAGAGAAUGCAGAGGAAGGAGACCAAGUGCGGGCCGUGCAGGAUUUGGUGAGGGAGAGUGGUGGACUGCUCCUCGUGUUGGGAAUGACCAAGCUGGAUGUGAGCAAUCCGUAUAUCCGGGAGCAUGCCGUGUUCACACUGCGCUAUUUGUUGCAGGGUAAUGCGGCGAGCCAGGAGUUGGUGGGGGGUUUGAGGCUGGUGGACGCGUGA